UUGAUAUUUUUCCCUCCCAUGAAUCAAAACCCCCUUUCAGUCUCAACCCUCAUGGCCACAUCUUCAUCAUCUCCGUCUCAACACCAUCAAUGGAGGGAGGACGAGUUCUGCUACGCUCCCUCUCACCACCCAACUCCACACUCGCCUCUUCUACACUCUUCGCACGCUCUCCUUUUUCCUUUUCUAAACGCCCUCCUUUCUUCGCUAAUCACCUCCGCAAUCCCCGCUCCACCUUCCGCAACCGCCUCCUCUUCGCUUCCACCGCCGCCUUAUCUUCUCUCCACCUGAGAACACGCUUAUCUCCUCUCUCCGUCCGAGCCGUCCACACUUCCUCUCCUCAAUCGUCUCCAGAACUCUCUGGAGCUGAAGAUGAUGUUGUUCGGAAGCUUGGGUUCGAGAAAGUAUCGGAGCAGUUCGUUGAUGAGUGUAAGUCGAGAGCUGUUCUGUAUAAACACAAGAAGACUGGUGCUGAAAUUAUGUCGGUUUCCAACGAUGAUGAGAACAAAGUAUUUGGAAUUGUUUUCCGAACCCCUCCGAAAAAUUCAACUGGAAUUCCUCACAUAUUGGAACAUAGUGUAUUGUGCGGUUCAAGAAAGUAUCCCCUAAAAAAGCCAUUUGUUGAAUUACUGAAGGGGAGCUUGAACACUUUUCUGAAUGCAUUCACCUAUCCGGACAGGACUUGUUAUCCCGUUGCUUCCACAAAUACAAAGGAUUUCUAUAACUUGGUUGAUGUGUAUUUAGAUGCUGUCUUUUUCCCAAAAUGUAUUGAGGACUUUCAAACUUUUCAACAAGAGGGCUGGCAUUAUGAACUGAAUGACCCUUCAGAAGACAUAACUUACAAAGGAGUUGUUUUCAAUGAGAUGAAAGGGGUUUAUUCACAACCUGAUAACAUAUUGGGCAGGAAGUCCCGACAAGCUCUUUUUCCAGACAAUACAUAUGGUGUUGAUAGUGGUGGAGAUCCAAAAGUCAUUCCUAAACUUACUUUUGACGAAUUUAAGGAUUUCCACCAAAAAUAUUACCACCCCAGCAAUGCCAGAAUAUGGUUUUAUGGUAAUGAUGAUUCAACUGAAAGGUUGCGCAUCUUAAGUGAAUAUUUGGAUAUGUUUGAUGCAAGUUCAGCACCUCAAGAGUCUAGAGUUGAACCUCAAAAAUUAUUUACUGAGCCAAUCAAAAUUGUUGAAAAGUAUCCUGCUGGGGAAGGUGGUGACCUAAAGAAGAAGCACAUGGUGUGCCUUAAUUGGCUGUUAUCUGAUAAGCCACUAGAUUUGGAAACCGAGCUCACUCUUGGAUUUCUGAAUCAUUUGCUUUUAGGAACUCCUGCUUCUCCUUUAAGGAAAAUAUUGCUUGAAAGUGGUUUAGGUGAUGCUAUUGUUGGGGGUGGGGUUGAAGAUGCAUUCCUUCAGCCUCAAUUUAGCAUCGGAAUGAAGGGUGUUUCAGAGAACAAGAUUCUACAAGUAGAAGAAUUGAUCAUAAGCACCCUAAAGAAUUUAGCAGAGGAAGGUUUUAACUUAGAUGCUGUGGAGGCAUCAAUGAACACGAUUGAGUUCUCUCUUAGAGAGAACAACACUGGCAGAUAUCCUCGUGGGCUAGUUUUGAUGCUCCGUUCUGUUGGAAAAUGGAUAUAUGAAAUGGAUCCAUUUGAACCACUAAAAUAUCAAAAACCUCUAGAGACCCUGAAAACAAGAAUAGCUGAGGAAGGCUCAAAAGCUGUUUUUGCUCCAUUAAUAGAAGAAUUCAUCUUGAAUAACCCACAUCGUGUGACUGUAGAGAUGCAGCCUGAUCCUGAGAAGGCUUCCCUUGACGAAGCCACUGAGAAAGAAAUUCUAAAUAAAGUGAAAGAAAGCAUGACUAAGGAGGAUCUUGCUGAGUUGGCACGUGCUACACUUGAGCUACGGCUGAAACAAGAAACUCCUGACCCACCAGAAGCCCUGAAAAGUAUACCAAGUCUCUCUCUACAGGAUAUUCCCCGCACACCAACACAUGUUCCUAUUGAGGUUGGGGAGAUUAAUGGGACAAAGGUUUUGCGACAUGACCUCUUUACAAAUGAUGUUCUCUACGCAGAAGUUGCCUUCAAUUUGAACUUAUUAGAGCCAGAGCUUCUUCCUUUGGUGCCACUUUUCUGUCAAUCAUUGUUGGAGAUGGGCACGAAGGACUUGAACUUUGUUCAACUCAACCAGUUGAUUGGAAGAAAAACUGGAGGCAUUUCAGUGUAUCCUUUCACCUCAUCAGUGCGCGGCAAGGUGGAGCCAUGUAGUCAUAUGAUUGUCAGAGGCAAAGCUAUGUCUGGACGAACUGGAGAUCUAUUUGAAUUGGUCAACUGUAUCCUCCAAGAUGUCCAACUUACAGACCAAAAACGUUUCAAGCAGUUUGUUUCUCAAAGAAAAGCUAGAAUGGAGAACCAACUAAGAGGCAGUGGUCAUAGGAUUGCAGCUACUAGGAUGGAUGCAAAACUUAACAUUUCAGGGUGGAUCUCUGAACAAAUGGGUGGUAUCAGCUACUUGGAUUAUCUGAGAAGCCUUGAAGAGAAAGUUGAUAAGGACUGGCCAGAAAUUUGUUCAUCUCUCGAGGAGAUCCGCAGAUCUAUAUUCUCAAAAGACGGCUGCCUAGUUAAUCUAACAGCUGACGAGAAAACUCUAAUGUUUGCUGAAAAGCAUGUUAGCAAAUUCCUUGAUUUGCUUCCUAGUAAUUCCUUAACAAAAUCAACUGCUUGGGAAGGUCGACUUUCACCUACAAAUGAAGCUAUUGUUAUUCCUACUCAGGUAAACUAUGUUGGAAAAGCAGCUAACAUCUAUGCGGCUGGUUAUGAGCUCAAUGGAAGUGCGCAUGUUAUUUCCAAGUACAUUGGAACCACUUGGUUGUGGGAUCGUGUACGAGUUAGUGGUGGAGCUUAUGGAGGAUUUUGUGAUUUUGACACCCACUCUGGUGUAUUCUCGUUUUUGUCUUAUCGGGACCCAAACCUAAAGAAGACACUUGAUGUGUAUGAUGGAACAAGUGAUUUCCUGAGAAACCUUGAGAUGGACAAUGAUGCUCUCACGAAGGCUAUUAUCGGGACCAUUGGAAAAGUUGAUGCAUACCAGCUACCGGAUGCAAAAGGAUAUAGUAGCUUAUUACGGUAUUUAUUGGGAGUUACUGAAGAAGAAAGGCAAAGGAGGCGUGAAGAAAUCUUAUCAACCAGGCUGGCUGAUUUUAAAGAAUUUGCUGAUGCACUUGAUGCUGUAAGAGAUAAAGGGGUGGUAGUAGCUGUGGCAUCACCAGAUGACGUUGAAGCCGCCAACAAGGAGCACUCAAACUUGUUUGAAGUCAAGAAAGCAUUAUGAUGAGCGAUCAAGGACGCCCCUCUCAUCUUCUUCAUUCAUGAUCACACUAGAUUCUUAAAGUAGCAGAAGACAAUAAUACAUAAUGUACAGAAACAGUCAUUUUGUCAGUUCAGUUUUAGCCCUUUAUUUGGGUGGACAGGAAGGAUUAAAGGAUUUAAAGCCCCCUGAAACAAUUUUCCAUUUAAGAAGACAGUUCUAGAAUCCAUGUUUGGUUUACAGAUACAAGGUUCUGAAAACAAACGAGCCUGGCCUGGAGGGUUUCUGUUUCUCUGUCGUCCCUCCUGGUUUAGGGAAAAAGAGUGAAAGAAACAGUGUCACUUUAUACUACAUUAGUAUGUGUGUAAUAAUGAACUCAUCUGCUACUGUCGUGAACAGGAGGAGCAGUGCAGCAGCAGAUCAAAUCUUAUACCCCAAAGUAUAGUUGAUUUUUACUCCCACC